AUGAACAGGAGAACAGGCCUCGGCCUUUUGAUAUGCGUGAUCACAGCUCUGUCAACAACGGACGCAGGCUCGCUGAGGAACGGAAGGCCGAUUCUCCCUGCGUUCCGCUUUGGAAAACCAGUUGGAAUCUGCCUCAACGGAGGCACCUCUGUCCCAUCCCUGCAUAAGGGUGAACACAUGUUUUGCCUGUGCGCUGAUGGGUUUGGGGGGGACAACUGUGGAAUAGUAACAACUGCCACCUGCUACAGUGGCAUUGGCCUGUACUACCGAGGAAGAGAGUCCCGAUCAGAGAGUGGGAGAAGCUGUGUGGAGUGGGAUCUGGAUACUCGGGAGCGUCUGAUGGCAUCAGAUGUCCGAUCAGGAAGACAUAACUACUGCAGAAAUGUAAACUACAGCCGGCGCCCGUGGUGUUACGUCUUGAAAAACCAAAAGUUGGUCCCAGAGGACUGUGCCAUCCCACGCUGCGGCUUCGAGCUGGGUGAGUGCGCUGCCUUUGCCGUCCUCCCCGAAACAUAUGAUCCCACGGCGUCUCUCACUCUCUCACUUGAUCCAGUCCUCGUUUUAACGUCUUGUCUCCCUCCCGCAGAGUCAACAUGCGGCCUGCGCCUCAAAAAGCAGCCGAAGAUCGUGGGCGGAGCGGUUGCCGCUGUGGACUCACACCCGUGGAUCGCGGCAAUAUUCUGGCGAAACAAACACAACCAAAAAGCUUUCCGGUGUGGGGGGAGUCUGAUCUCCUCCUGCUGGGUCCUCACAGCCGCCCACUGCUUCCACGCACACUCGCGCGCGAGAGCUUGGCGUUUUUCGGUCACCCUUGGGAAAAACGCGCUGAACCAGACGGAUCAAACCUCGGAGCAAACCUUCUCGGUGGAGGAGAUUUUCAUCCACGAAGGCUUCGACAACACUGACGGCGACUUCAACCAUGACAUCGCCCUGUUGAAGUUGAAAGCCAGGCGUGGACAGUGCGCAAAGGAGACCCACUCUGUUACGCCUGUCUGUCUGCCGCCUCCUAGCCAGAGCCUUCAGUCUGGCACGCUGUGUGAGAUUGCUGGCUAUGGGAAAGAGAGGAACCAGCACUGGUAUAACUCUCAGUACCUGAGAGAGGCCAAAGUGAAUCUUUUAGCUCACAAUGUUUGUCAAGAGAAGGAAUAUUAUGGAAACAUGAUCUCCAUGAAUAUGUUUUGCGCCGGCCGUCCCGACUGGAGUCAGGAUUCGUGUAAAGGUGAUUCGGGAGGGCCCCUGGUGUGCGAGAUGGAUAACAGGCUUUUCCUUUUCGGGAUUGUCAGCUGGGGCGAUGGAUGCGGGAGGGCAUUUCGCCCUGGUGUGUAUACAACAGUGACCAAUUACAACCAGUGGAUAGAAGAGAAGACAGGCCUGUCCUCCAUCACUGCAGGGUCCAUGUUCCCUCAGAAUUGACCCGCUCACAGAAUACAAACUACGACACGAACUGUUUAUGUGGGGUGAACUGCUGAUGAACCAGAGUUAACACAGCUUUCCGUUAAACCUCGUCAUAUUUUGCAAUUUAUUUGUUUUUUUUGUUUUUUGUUUUUUUGUUGAUAGCCUUAAGCUCUAUUUCAGGUUAUGACACUAUCGCUGAAGUUUGUAAUUAAUACAUAUUACUGUAUCUGGGCUGAACUGUACAUGAGAAAGGAGUGUUUAUAUAUAUAAUAUAGUUGCAGUUAAGAGAUAAGCUUUAUCUUGAUUUUCUUUAUUUAGAUGCCAACAUAUUGAGAUAUCGAGAUUAUUUUUUUACUAUUUUGUUUUCUGUAAAUUUUUACAUGGUGAAAAAAGAUUUUUAUGCAUUUUCAAGGCCAUU